AUGGCACAAGCGCUGCUGGCACCACCCGGACCCGAAUGCUUCUUCCGUUUCACUAAGGAAUCCCUUGCAGCCAUCGAGCAGCGGAUUGCGGAAGAAAAGGCAAACCAAACAGAGCAAGAACCGAAGGAUGACGACAGCGGUGAAAACAAACCGAAGCCAAAUGCUGACUUGGAGGCGGGGAAGAAGCUGCCCUUCAUUUACGGAGACAUCCCACCAGGAAUGGUGUCUGAUCCCUUGGAAGACCUGGACCCUUACUACGCGAACAAAAGAACUUUUAUAGUAUUGAACAAAGGGAAGACCAUCUUCAGAUUCAGUGCCACACCUGCCUUGUACCUGUUAAGCCCUUUCAAUAUUCUUAGAAGAAUUUCUAUUAAGAUUUUGGUGCACUCAUUAUUCAGCAUGUUUAUUAUGUGCACUAUUCUGUCAAACUGUGCAGUCAUGACCAUGAGUGAACCUCGUGAUUGGACAAAGUAUGUCGAAUACACUUUCACUGGAAUUUACACAUUUGAGUGCCUCAUUAAAAUUUUUGCAAGAGGUUUUUGUAUAGAUAAGUUUACCUUCCUUAGAGACCCUUGGAAUUGGCUCGAUUUCACGGUCAUUUUAUUCGCGUAUGUAACAGAAUUUGUAAACCUAGGCAAUGUUUCAGCUCUUCGAACUUUCAGAGUAUUGAGAGCUUUGAAAACUAUUUCUGUAAUUCCAGGCCUGAAAACUAUUGUGGGAGCCCUGAUUCAGUCUGUGAAGAAGCUCUCGGACGUAAUGAUCCUGACUGUGUUUUGUUUGAGUGUAUUUGCGCUCGUAGGGCUGCAGCUUUUCAUGGGCAACUUGAGGCAUAAAUGUCUGAUCUGGCCACCAGACAAUUCUUCCGUAAGCAAUGAAACAGAAGCCAACUGGACUGAGCAUAUUUGGACUGUGUACAUUCACCAAAAAGAAUUCUAUUACGUUUUGCCAGAUGCAAAGGAUCCCUUGCUUUGUGGUAAUGGUUCGGAUGCUGGCCAAUGUCCUGAUGGGUACAUGUGUGUAGAAGCUGGUGACAACCCCAAUUAUGGCUAUACAAGUUUUGAUUCUUUUCCCUGGGCCUUUUUGACACUUUUUCGGCUGAUGACUCAAGACGCCUGGGAAAACCUUUAUCAGCUGACAUUGCGUGCUGCUGGCAAAGUAUAUAUGAUCUUCUUUGUCCUGGUGAUCUUCUUGGGCUCUUUCUAUCUGAUCAACUUGAUCCUGGCUGUCGUUGCCAUGGCCUAUGAGGAACAGAAUCAAGCCACCAUCGAAGAAGCGGAACGGAAAGAGGCUGAAUAUCAGCAGAUGCUCGAGGAGCUGAAAAGACACCAAGAGGAAGCUCAGGCAAUAGCAGCAGCGGCGGCAGAGUACCGAGACAUCAGUGGUGAAGGUGGGGGUGGGAGACUUUCCAAAACUUCAUCAGAACUGUCAAGACUGAGCUCCAAAAGCGCUAAAGAAAGAAGAAACCGGAGGAAGAAAAAGCAGAGAGAGCUGUCUUUAAGCAACGAUACAGCUGAUGUCAAAGAUAUCCCCAAAUCUGAAUCUGAUAGUAGCAUCAAAAAGAAGGGAGGAGUUACCUAUGAAAAGAGGUUCUACUCUCCUCCUUACCAGUCAACGUUGAGCGUGUUUUCGCCGAGUCGCCCUCGCCGAACAAGCCUUUUCAGCUUCAAAAGUCAAGUCAUCGAAGUGGGAUCAGAGAAUGACGCCGAUAGCGAGCACAGCACGAUUGAAGACAACGGGAGCUGUAAUGGUUCCUUUUUUGUCCUGCGGCGCAGCAGCAUCCUUAGUCAGGCCAUGAGGCCGUGGCCAGUUAACGGAAAGAUGCAGAGCAGCGUGGAUCGUAACGGGGUGGUUUCCUUAGUGGGAGGCCCGCCAGCGCUGCGGUCGCCCACGGGACAGCUUCUCCCAGAGGUGAUAAUAGAUAAAGCAACUUCUGAUGACAGCAGCACUACUAGCGAAAGCAGGAAGAGGCGGUCAAGUUCUUUUCAGCUGUCAAUGGAUUUACUGGAAGACCCCACCUUAAGGCAAAGAGCAAUGAGUAUCGCAAGCAUAAUCACAAACACAAUGGAAGAACUUGAGGAAUCCCGGCAGAAGUGUCCGCCUUGCUGGAAUACAUUUGCCAACACUUACUUGAUCUGGAACUGUUGUGAUACAUGGUUAAAAAUAAAGAAAAUUGUCCUUUUAAUUGUGAUGGAUCCAUUUGUUGAUCUUGGCAUUACCAUCUGCAUAGUUCUAAACACUCUAUUCAUGGCCAUGGAACAUCAUCCAAUGGAACACUCUUUUGAAGACGUUCUUAAAACUGGAAACCUGGUCUUCACUGGGAUCUUCACUGCUGAAAUGGUCCUCAAGAUAAUAGCCAUGGACCCUUACUAUUAUUUCCAAGAAGGCUGGAAUAUAUUUGAUAGCAUUAUCGUCAGCCUUAGUUUAAUGGAGCUGGGUCUUUCCAAUGUGGACGGAUUGUCAGUUCUACGAUCAUUCAGACUGCUUCGUGUCUUCAAGCUGGCAAAAUCCUGGCCAACUUUAAAUAUGCUCAUAAAGAUUAUUGGGAACUCCGUUGGUGCUCUGGGAAAUCUGACCUUGGUCUUGGCCAUCAUUGUCUUCAUUUUUGCUGUGGUUGGCAUGCAGUUGUUUGGCAAAAACUAUGUGGAUUGUGUCUGCAAAAUUGAUGAUGACUGCAAACUUCCACGCUGGCACAUGAAGGACUUUUUCCAUUCUUUCUUGAUCAUCUUCCGAAUACUUUGUGGAGAAUGGAUAGAGACUAUGUGGGACUGUAUGGAAGUUGCAGGUCAAACCAUGUGCCUGAUUGUAUUUCUGCUCGUCAUGGUGAUUGGAAACAUGGUGGUACUGAACCUCUUUCUGGCCUUAUUAUUGAGCUCUUUCAGUUCAGACAGUCUUUCUGCUACAGAAGACGACACUGAUGCAAAUAAUCUCCAGAUAGCUAUAGCACGGAUUCAUAGGGGGAUCGAUUUUGUGAAGAAAAAACUGUAUGAAUUUGUCCAAAUUAUUUGUUUUCAAAAAAGUAAGGCAGCCACAGUUAUUAAAUCAGCCGGCGAACAAAACAAGAAUGGUGGAGGUAUUCCCAACCAUACUGUAGCUGAAAUCAACAGAGCUCUUGAAUAUCAUCAAGAUAAAAGCACAGCUGCCAUGUUUGCGGACAGCAGUGAUCCCAUGUCAUUCAUCAACAACCCAAAUCUCACCGUGACAGUACCCAUUGCUGUGGGAGAAUCGGACUUUGACCCUGUAAAUACAGAGGAAUUUAGCAGUAUAUCUGAAGUUGAGGAAACUAAAGAGAAAUUAAGUAUUUCCAGCUCCACUGACUGUAGCACAGUUGAAAUAAAUCCCCUGGGAGAUGAAGAAGCAGAAGCUUUGCUGGUAGACCCAUCAGAACCAAAAGCUUGUUUUACUGAAGACUGUGUACGGAAAUUCAGAUGCUGUCAAGUAAGCAUAGAAGCUGGGACAGGCAGAUGCUGGUGGAACCUUCGCAAGACCUGCUUCAGGAUUGUGGAGCACAACUGGUUUGAAUCCUUCAUUGUCUUCAUGAUUCUUCUUAGCAGUGGUGCUUUGGCUUUUGAAGACAUCUACAUUGAACAACACAAGACUAUCAAGAUCAUCCUUGAAUAUGCUGAUAAAGUCUUCACGUUUAUCUUCAUUCUGGAAAUGCUUCUUAAAUGGGUGGCGUAUGGCUUUCAAGUCUACUUCACUAAUACUUGGUGCUGGCUGGAUUUCAUGAUUGUCGAUGUGUCCAUAAUUAGUCUAACAGCUAACGCUUUGGGUUAUUCUGAACUUGGACCCAUUAAAUCACUUCGGACACUAAGAGCGCUGAGACCUCUGAGAGCCUUAUCACGAUUUGAAGGAAUGAGGGUGGUUGUGAACGCCCUCGUAGGAGCCAUACCAUCUAUUAUGAAUGUACUUCUCGUUUGUCUGAUAUUCUGGCUAAUUUUCAGUAUCAUGGGUGUAAAUCUAUUUGCUGGCAAAUUUUACCAUUGUAUUAAUGCCACAACUGGAAAAUUCCUGGCGAACGCAACUAUUCAGAACAAAACUGAUUGUGAACAUUUUAACAUUACUAACAGUACAAGAUGGGUAAAUGUGAAAGUAAACUUUGAUAAUGUUGGAAUUGGAUAUCUUUCACUACUACAAGUGGCCACUUUUAAAGGAUGGAUGCCUAUAAUGUAUGCUGCUGUUGAUUCAAGAAAACUUAACGAACAGCCAAUCUAUGAGGAUAACCUUUACAUGUAUCUUUACUUUGUCAUCUUUAUUAUAUUUGGUGCAUUCUUCACCCUGAAUCUUUUCAUUGGUGUCAUAAUUGAUAACUUCAACCAACAGAAAAAGAAGUUUGGAGGUCAAGACAUAUUUAUGACAGAAGAACAGAAGAAGUAUUACAAUGCGAUGAAAAAACUGGGGUCCAAGAAACCACAAAAGCCUAUCCCUAGGCCUGCAAAUGCAUUCCAGGGCAUUAUUUUUGAUUUGGUUACCAAGCAAGCAUUUGACAUUGCCAUCAUGGUCCUUAUCUGCCUCAAUAUGUUCACCAUGAUGGUAGAAACCAAUGACCAGACUCAAGAUAUGACAGAUACUUUGUAUUGGAUAAAUGUGGUUUUCAUUGUCCUUUUCACGGGAGAGUUCAUCCUGAAAUUGAUUGCACUCCGUUAUUACUAUUUCACGAUUGGUUGGAAUAUAUUUGACGUCGUGGUGGUUGUUCUCUCCAUUGUAGGUAUGUUUCUAGCAAAGAUUAUUGAGAAAUACUUUGUGUCCCCCACCUUGUUCCGAGUUAUCCGACUUGCCAGGAUAGGUCGAAUCCUGCGGCUUAUCAAGGGCGCUAAAGGGAUCCGCACCCUGCUUUUCGCCUUGAUGAUGUCUCUGCCUGCCUUGUUUAACAUUGGUCUCCUGCUUUUCCUCGUCAUGUUCAUCUAUGCUAUAUUCGGAAUGUCCAACUUUGCUUAUGUUAAGAAGGAAGACGGGAUUGAUGACAUGUUCAACUUCGAAACCUUUGGUAACAGCAUGAUCUGCCUCUUCCAAAUUACCACCUCUGCUGGCUGGGAUGGCUUGCUAGCACCCAUUCUUAAUAGUGGGCCCCCAGACUGUGACCCUGACAAAGAUAAUCCAGGAAGCUUAGUCAAAGGAGACUGUGGCAAUCCUUCCGUUGGGAUUUUCUUCUUUGUCAGCUACAUUAUCAUAUCAUUUCUAGUUGUGGUAAACAUGUACAUUGCUGUUAUUCUGGAGAACUUCAGUGUUGCAACAGAAGAAAGUGCUGAGCCUUUAGGUGAAGAUGACUUUGAAAUGUUCUAUGAAGUCUGGGAAAAGUUUGAUCCAGAUGCAACCCAGUUUAUUGAAUACUUCAAUCUCUUUGAUUUUGCUGCCUGCUUAGAUCCUCCUCUUUUGAUACCCAAACCAAAUAAGAUUCAGCUUAUUGCAAUGGACUUGCCUAUAGUAAGUGGUGACAGAAUUCACUGCCUUGACAUCUUGUUUGCCUUCACAAAACGUGUUUUGGGUGAAAGCGAUCAAUUGGAUACCCUUCGGGUUCAAAUGGAAGAUCGGUUUAUGGCAGCCAAUCCUUCUAAAGUCUCUUAUGAACCAAUCACAACUACAUUGAAACGGAAACUUGAGGAGGAGUCUGCUAAAGUUAUUCAGCGAGCUUUUCGGUCAUACCGCUUGAAGAGAACAGUAAUCAAAGUUUCAUUCAUGUACGAAAAAGAUGAGGAUGACUUUUCUAUCAAAAAUGAAAUGAUUAUUGAUAAAUUAAGUUUGAACUCAACUGUGCAGAAGACAGACAGGAGCUCCUCCACAACUUCUCCUCCUUCGUAUGACAGUGUAACAAAGCCAGACAAAUAUGAGCAGGAAACACCAGAAAAGGAAGAUAAAGACAAAGUUUCCAAUGGCAGGAAAAAGUAA